AUGUCGCUGGAAGCGAGAUUGCUGGAAAAGCUGCGAAGGGUAAGCGCAGAGCCUCAGCCGAAGGUCGACGAGCCCAAGACUCUGCCUCCGGAGUUGUCGACAUGGAGGCAUAGAUUUGACGGCUUCUUGCCGCUGGUGCUUGCCCUCUCGCGUUCCAUGUUGGUGCGAAACAUCUGCGCCGGGACGCUUGGGGCUGCGCUGCUGACAGCAGGUUGCUGCAGAGGCACAACCCUUCAAGUGCUCAUGGGCCUCGGGCUGCUUGUCGCGAGCCAAAGGGGCCUGCCCGGUGCCACUGAGUUCAGAAAGGUUGAGACGGAGGCCGGUUUCUACGCCAAGUCCAGUGGGGUUUGCGCUUCCCGCAACCAGAAGAUUCGGGAGGCAAUGCAGGCCUUCAUGGCAAGCUUCGUUCCCUGCCCUUGGCAGCAAUCGGGCGAGCUUUGUACCAUCUUGCCAUACUCGAUCAAUGCACCGCGAUUCGGUUUGUUGAAGUACGAGAGGAUCUGGCUAGCGGCAGAUGAUGGGGAGGUCUUCGCCAGCGACUUCGUAUUCCCGCCUGGAGGCUUUGACCCAACUCGCCCGAUUGUCGUUCUUCUCACUGGGCUAGCUCCCUCGCAGCACUGGACGGAGGCAGCAGGCUUCAUUUCAGAUGCAGCUGGAUACCUUACUUGCCGUGCCAACAUGACGGUGGUGAUCCUGGUGGCUCGAGGAACCAUGGAUACCCGAGUCAAUGCGAAUCUGUUUCACGGCGCGCGUGUCACAGACUUCCGAAGACUACUAGAGACUAUGGAUCCGUGCCUCAAGGAAGUCGCGAGCGACGCAGGUGUUGCUAAGCCAGCGGUCUUUGCAGCUGGCUACUCCAUGGGUGCAAUCAUCCUUGCAAACUACUGCGGGCACUAUGGCAAAGAUGCGCUUCUG